AUGGGUUCUAGAAUCCCAUCUCAUCAGCUUAGUAAUGGCCUAUAUGUAUCAGGCCGGCCAGAGCAGCCGAAAGAAAGGGUUCCAACGAUGUCUUCCGCAGCCAUGCCAUAUACUGGCGGAGACAUUAAAAAGUCGGGAGAAUUGGGAAAAAUGUUUGAUAUUCCUGUUGAUGGCUCAAAGUCCAGAAAGUCUGGACCGUUAACAGGUGCACCGUCACGAGCAACAUCUUUCGGAGGAGCCGGUUCACAUUCCGGACCAAUUCAUCCUAAUGCUGCUGCUCGAGCUAUCUAUACUACUUCAGGUUCCAUGUCUAUUGGUGGUGCAGCUGGUUCAACUUCACAAAAGAAAUCGAAUUCCGGGCCGCUGAGUAAGCACGGGGAACCGGUUAAAAGGUCUUCUGGUCCUCAGUCUGGCGGAGUAACUCCAACCGGACGUCAAAAUUCUGGACCUCUUCCUCCUGUUCUUCCGACAACAGGUCUGAUUACAUCAGGCCCCAUAUCAUCUGGCCCACUAAACUCUUCUGGUGCUCCUAGGAAAGUGUCCGGUCCUUUGGAAGCGACAGGUUCGAUGAAGCUGCAAGGCUCUGCUGCUGCUGUUCACAAUCAAGCUGUGACUGUUCUUAGUCAAGUUGCCGCGUCUUUCACUUGGAAUACCUAUUGGGGAAGAAGAGCUAUAAUGGGCUUCGUUGCUAACUAUCCGGACUCCGAGCUUAGAACUGCAAAGAAUGGGCAGUUUGUGAAGGUUUCCGGGGUUGUUACUUGCGGUAAUGUACCUCUCGAGUCAUCAUUCCAAAAAGUCCCCAGAUGUGUAUAUACAUCAACAAGUUUAUACGAGUAUCGAGGAUGGGACUCAAAAGCUGCCCAUCCUACACAUCGACGAUUUUCUUGGGGCCUUAGAUUUCUGGAAAGGCGGGUGGUUGACUUUUACAUCUCGGAUUUCCAGUCUGGUUUAAGGGCGCUGGUUAAGACGGGCCACGGAGCAAGAGUGACCCCUUAUGUUGAUGACUCAAAUCUGUUCCAUGUAAACCCAAGCAAAGAAGAGUUAUCUCCAGAAUUCGUCCGGUGGUUGGGAGAGAGAAAUUUGUCAAGUGACGACCGCAUCAUGCGGCUAGAAGAAGGGCAUAUAAAAGAAGGAAGCACGGUGAGUGUAAUGGGAGUUGUUCAAAGGAAUGAGAAUGUGCUAAUGAUAGUUCCACCACCAGAGGCAAUAACAACAGGCUGCCAUUGGUUGAAAUGUAUAUUUCCUGCUAGCUUGGAAGGUAUAGUGUUGAGAUGUGAGGACAUGUCAAAGACUGAUGUGAUACCAGUUUAA